CUGGCGCGUUGGUUGGGUUCCUGGAGGCGGGUGCGGUGGCGGGGCUGCCGAGGCUGGAGCUGCUGGACCUGAGCAGGUGGCGCCGCCCCGCCUGCUACUUCACCCGGCGCGAGUGGAUCGCCUUCGUCUCCGCCCUGCCACAUGCCGUGAUCCAUGGUUCCGCCAACAACAGCAGCGGCGGCUGCUUCACCUCCAUGCCGCCGCCUGGGGGGCACCAUCAUCAUCAGCCUCAUCAGCCUCACAACCACCAGCUACCUCACCAGCCUCACCAUCACCACCAGCUACCCCACCAGCAGCCCCUGUGUGUGCGUCUGGACUGGCGGGUGCUGCCGCUGCGCAGUGUGUGGUCGCCCCCCGCCCAGCUGCCCGAGUGGCAGGGGGCGCUGUGGGCGCUGGGGCUGCUGGCCAGGAGGAGGCCGCAGAUCCGUAUCGAGCUGGAGGGCCCCCCGCUGCCGCUGCCCGGCCCCGCCACCCUGCGGGCCUUCCGGGGACUGAUUGGGC